GGUAACACGAAAGCUUUGCUCGCCAUCAUCCCUCGGCUUGUUCUCAGGAUUUUAAAGAAGCCAGAAGCAACCUGAAGAUAUGGAGGUGUCGAUGGACCCUUUGUUUCUGGCUUGGAGCUACUGUAGAAGACGAAAGUUCCAGCAGUGUGCGGACAUCUGUACAAAAAUAUUACAAGACGGCCCCUACGACCAGGCUGCUUGGAGUCUGAAAACCCGUGCUCUAACAGAGAUCGUUUACAUAGAUGAAGUUGAAGUUGACGAAGAGGGAAUUGCUGAGAUGUUGCUAGAUGAGAACUCCAUUGCUCAAGUGGCACGCCCUGGUACUUCAAUGAGACUCCCUGGUACAAGUCAGGGUGGAGGGCCAACCCCUGCUGUCAGGCCAAUGACACAGUCUGGACGCCCCAUCACUGGAUUUGUGAGACCAAGCACUCAGUCAGGCCGCCCUGGGACAAUGGAGCAGGCUAUUAAGACCCCCCGCACAGCAAGCACUGCUCGCCCUGUCACUAGUUCUUCUGGACGUUUCAUACGUCUGGGAACAGCUUCAAUGAUAACAAAUCCAGAUGGGCCAUUUAUAAAUAUUUCAAGACUUAACCUGGCCAAGUAUUCCCAAAAACCUAAUUUAUCAAGGACAUUGUUUGAGUACAUCUUUCAUCAUGAAAACGACAUAAAAAAUGCCUUAGAUUUGGCUGCACAGGCAACUGAGCAUGCCCAGUUCAAAGACUGGUGGUGGAAGGUUCAGUUGGGAAAAUGCUACUACAGACUUGGCUUAUAUCGAGAAGCAGAAAAACAAUUUAGAUCUGCGCUAAAUCAUCAAGAGGUUGUGGAUACCUACCUUUAUCUUGCAAAGGUGUAUCAGCGUUUGGAUCAACCAAUUACGGCACUUAACCUGUUUAAACAAGGCCUCGACCAUUUUCCCGGGGAAGUGACUCUUUUAACAGGAAUAGCUCGUAUACAUGAGGAGAUGAAUAACAUUACAUCAGCUACAGAAUACUAUAAAGAUGUGCUGAAGCAGGACAACACCCAUGUUGAGGCAAUAGCGUGCAUUGGCAGUAAUCAUUUCUACACUGAUCAGCCUGAAAUUGCCCUGCGGUUUUACAGACGUCUUCUCCAGAUGGGUGUAUAUAAUUGCCAGCUGUAUAACAACCUGGGCCUGUGCUGCUUCUACGCUCAGCAGUAUGACAUGACCUUGUCGUCAUUUGAAAGGGCUUUGUCUUUGGUAACCAAUGAUGAAGAGCAGGCUGACGUCUGGUAUAACAUCGGACACGUUGCUGUGGGAAUAGGGGAUGUCACCUUGGCCUACCAGUGUUUUAAACUGGCACUUGCUUUUAAUAAUGAUCAUGCUGAAGCCUACAACAACCUUGCUGUGUUGGAGUUGCGCAAAGGACGUGUUGAACAAAGUAAGGCCUUCCUGCAAACUGCUGCAUCACUGGCACCUCAUAUGUAUGAGCCUCAUUUCAAUCUUUCUAUUCUCUCUGAAAAGAUUGGUGAUCUACAAAGCAGCUACAUAGCAGCCCAGAAGUCUGAGGAUGCUUUUCCAGAACAUGUGGACACACAGCAGCUCCUGAAACAACUGAGGGAGCAUUUUGCAGCACUGUGAGCCUCAUUAUUACAGGAUCAGGUAUCCUGUUAUUCUCAUGAAUGUAGCAGCCCACUUGGUUGUAGCUGUGCAUUUCACUUGUU